CGACCACCUCACUUUUUUUGUUUGUUGUCUGCUCUUUGCUCUAUCUUUCAAAACUCUUCAUGAAACCGAUUUUGCAUUUCUCCACUCCGUCAUGUUGCGCCGGGCCCUGCGUCGACAUGACUUUAUUUCUCAAAGCUUUUAUAGACACUCUGUGUGUGACAUGCAAGCGGCCCAAUAUGUUCUUUGUUUCUUUUUUCUUUCUUCUUUUUUUUUUUUACUACUGUAUAAUAUAACUACUGGUGGCGGCAAAAGUGACUCAUCCACUGACAACCGGAAGGUUUUUGGGGAGGCUUUACGCUUGUUUCAUUUCGAUAUUUUUCUUUUUUUUUCAUCAACUUUCAAACUGUUCGAAUAUUACAUUCCUCAACAAAAUGGUUCAAUGUGAUGGUGGCAGGACGGCGGCGCAAAGGCAGAAGCAAUAUGAUGGGAAAGGGUGCUCUUCAACGACAAAUCCGAGAAAGAAAGCCUACG